CAACAGAUUCUGUGAUUUCUUGGUUGAACAGAUUUCGAAAUACGUACUUGGGUGUGAUCAGCCAGAGUUAAUUCAUGAUUUAACAAGGGGGUAAUUACUGUUUCACACGGAGUGAGGUAACUGCAGUUUUUUUUUUUCACAAAAAAAUGAAAUCACCAUAUAAAAAAAGCAUUUUAAGUUCACUUCAGUCAUAUUUGUUUGAUAUUUAUAUGUGCUUGAUGAUCUGAAACAUUCAAGUCAGGAAACAAUGAAAAAUACUGGAAUCUGAGAAGGGGACCAAUACUUUUCACAGCAAUGCACCUGAAGAAUCUAUAGUAACAAGUUUAAUUGUAGCAACUUUGUGACCUACUGGUUUUUGGAGUACGAGAAAUACUUAGCAAACUGUCAGACUCAUGUCUUGUAGGGUAGAAGCAGACAACAGUAUGAUGGCGACUGCAGGUUUCCUGGCGGCCCCUGCCUGGUGUAUGGCAUCUGAAGGGUUAACACUGGAGCAAGCGUGCGCGGAAGACGUCUGAGCCUCCCCCUCGGCCUUCACGAGCGGCUGAAGGUGACUCGAUCUCCUCUCGGCUUGGGGAUGCAGAGGGAGCUGCUGGCGGUGCUUCCGCCCCGCUACACUGUCCUCAACCGGGCAACAUCUGUUGGACUUAGCCGGGGCUCCAGACGUUGACUGCACUCGUCUGCAGCGUCCGAGCCGGUGGCGUCUUUGUGCUCUGCAGAGGGGACACCGCAAACAUUCAAGAAGAAUACGGGCGCUCUCUGCAUGCAUGAGUUCUGCACCGAGCGGGCGGAAAAAGCGCCCCAGAUCUGCAGGCAGUAUCUUGCCCAUCACGAGAGGGCUUCAGACGGAGUCGGAGCGCCGGGAGAGCACCGUGGACGGCAGCAGGAUGACUGUGCAGGAAUUCAACACCCUAGUGGCGCUGUACCGAGAACAGGUCAUUUCUGUUGGGGAGAUGCCAGCCGACUGUCCAUCUCUGCGGGCUCAGAUGCACUACACGCGGGCUAAAGGAUGCUCCAUGGCCCGGACUGCGCACCAAGACCUCGCCCUCAUUGCUGUGUCUGGUCCAGAGGAUGGAGAGAUCCACCCUGAGAUAUGUCGCCUCUUCAUCCAGCUGCAGUGUUGCUUGGAGAUGUUCAUCACGGAGAUGCUGAAGUCCAUGUGCCUGCUGGGGGUGCUGCAGCUUCACAGAAAAAGAACCGACUCAGAGCCGAAGAUGGACUUCAGGGUGGACGAAAGUUCUGAUGUUCCCAUCUUGGAAGAGCGCUCCUCCUCACCCGUUGACUACCCUCAUGAUCCGUGGCUGGUGGGAGUCCAUAUUGAAAACAUAGAGCGGUAUGCAGACUUUUCAGAGUCAUUUUGCUUGAUAUCCGCUGGUGGAUCUUGUUUUUGUGAACGGUACCCUUGGAGCUCGUGGACUGCAUGCUCCCGGACAUGCAACCACGGAACGCAGGCCAGACAUAGGAGCUUUGAAUAUGACCGUUACUUCUGGAAAAGCAGCUGUCUUCAGCUGUGCGAGAAAGUUGACAAGAGGGCUUGUAAUGUGCAGGCUUGUCCCAUAAAUUGCCAGCUGACAGAAUUUGGGGCCUGGUCUGACUGCUCACCCUGUGCCAAGAAACAGUUACGGACCAGGUCUAUCCAAACCCCAUCCCAGUUUGGUGGUACGUCAUGCAGCGUGGAGCUGAUGGAGGAGAGGCCCUGUUAUUCAGCCACGGAGUGCAAGUUGCCACCAAUCGACUGCAGGGACAACUUCAAAUGUGAUAAUGGACGCUGCAUCAACGCCACACUAACUUGCAACAAACAGAACGACUGUGAAGAUAACUCUGACGAGAGGGAUUGCAGUGACUUCAAAGUAGUUUGUCCAGCCGAGAAGAGGGUGGCCCCUGGUGCUGACCUGGUUGGGAAUGGGUUCGAUGUGCUUGCAAAUGAGCCGAGGGCAGUCGUCCUGGACAACAUGUUUAUGGGAGGAAGUUGCAUCAUCAGGAGGCCUGAGAGCACACUGCUUUACCAUCGGAUCCCUCACAACUUUGAGAGCUUUGACAUUAAGGUUGGGGUGAUUGAAGACUUUGGCACAAAUCCCAAACCUCUGCACUCUGAGUCCAUUAGUGUGAAGAAGUCCUUUUCCACUACCACUCAAGAAGAGAGAAACCAACAUAUGUUAUGGCACUUUUUCUUCCCUUUGACGUCACAUAUAAAUUCUAAGGAUGCAUUUGAGGCCUCAAAGAAAACGGAUUCCAUAUUUUUCCGGGUGCAUCAAGUUCUGCCUGUGUCCACAUUCCGAGUGCGGCAUCCAAGCGAUUUGGUUUUGGCUGAACCUUUCCUCAAGUUCCUCCAUGCUCUUCCCCUCCAGUACAAUUAUGCCCUGUACAGGAACAUCUUCCAGCGCUUUGGAACACACUACUACAGUUCAGGCUCACUAGGAGGCCUCUAUGACCUGCUCUACCAAUACAACCGAGAGGAGCUCAUCAGUUCAGGUGAAACAGAGGAGCAUGUGAAAGGUUGUUUGGCCCGAGAGACGAAAUGGACAGUUGUCCUCUACACUCCACAGAGGCCUCUGCCGAUGUGCUCUGACAACAAAAUGACUCAAAAGUAUCAAGGUUCGUACAUUCAGGCAGCGGAGAAGUCUUACUCUGCGGCAAAAGGCGGACGAACCAGAGAGACGUCAUCUCUUGCCUCACAGAGGGAGGGCCCACGUCCUGAUCAAAACUCCUACAAGAACUGGGCCAAGUCUGUUCUUGAUAAUCCCGUUGUGGUUGACUUCAAGGUGCAGCCAAUCAUAGACAUUGUGCAGGGAAUUCCCUGUGCGGUCACAAAGAGGAGGCACCUGAGGAAAGCCUUGCUCCAGUACAUGCAAGAGUUUGAUACAUGCAAGUGUGUACCGUGUCCUAACAAUGCCCGAGCUUUUCUUUCUGGUACUGAGUGCAAGUGUGCCUGCCAGACCGGCACAUUUGGCCCUAACUGUGAGCAGCGUGCUCCUGACUACACUUCAGAGGAUGUAGAUGGUUCUUGGAGCUGUUGGGGCCCGUGGAGUCGCUGUGGAGCCUCUAUGAAGAGACAUCGCAGAAGGAAGUGUGACAACCCUGCUCCCUUGAGAGGAGGCCAACCCUGCGAGGGUCCUGACAGUGAUGAGGAACGAUGUCACAUCUCCCUUUUCAAACAACAUGAAUCAUGUGACAAUGAUGAUGACUACACUACGGGAUUGAGGGAAGAGCUUCCUCCUGGUGUGGAGGGUUGUCCCAGGCCAAAGCCGCCUGACAACAGCUUCCUCAGGAAAGCAAAGGAGUACUAUAACUUUGGUGAGGGUGAAGACUUCAACUGCUUCACUGGAUUCGACCUGGAAGGUUUCCAGUUCAUCAAUUGUCUUCCUGAUGGGACAUGGACUCAACCAAAAGGACGUUGCCUCCGAAAGAUCUGUCUCCCCCCUGAUCUCCCCGAUGGCAUGAUGCCCUUCCCUAAAAAAGAAGAGUACAAAGUGGGUGAUUCAGUGACAUUCGAGUGUGUUGAGGCAGGUUUGUUGCCACUCCCUCGUGGCUCCUACAAGUGCAGUAAGAGUCUCAGCUGGGAACCUCCUUUACCCACAGGGCUGCACUGCAGUAAUGAAGACCCAUUUGAACCUGACAAUCAGUGUGCUCCAGGUGAGAAACGUCAAGGCUCACAAUGUGUCUGUAUACAGCGCGAAAGCUGCCUAUCUGAACCGGAGAAUCUCUGCGUCCUGAAUAUUGACAUCAACGUCACUGUGCCGAUGUCCCUCUGCGCCUUCUACGCUGGCCGUUGCCAUGGCGAUCCACUCUUCUUUGUCAGCGAAGGUGCCUGUGACACUGUGGAUUCAAAUAAACUGGAGUGGACCAGGUUCAGAGCCAGGUUUUCCUCAAAGAGUUCUGUCCAGAAGUCGUGUGAUCUUGAUACGUGCUACGAAUGGGAAAGCUGUUCAACAUCUAAGAAGUGUGAUUGCUUAGCUGCUCGGGACUGUCCUAGAGGUGAGGACCAUAAGUUCUGUCUGAUGCUGACCAACAUCCAGAGAACUCGCAGCGUGGACCUUUGCUCCAUGGCUGCUCUGAAGUGUGCCAACUAUCAAUUUGAGAUCCUUAAUGAAGGUGUCUGUGAAUCCAGAUAACCCAAAAUGACUUCAUUAUUUCCAAUGAAACGUGCUACCAGUUUGUUCAAUUCUGAAAACAAAAUUUCCAAAAGAUGCUAAAGCUAUGUAGAAAAAAAACAGACAUCCAUAUUUUUUAUGAUUUGCGAGGAAAAUGUGAGUAUGCAGAAGAAAGGGAGGAUGUCACACACGAUCAACUUUUUGGUAAAGAUUCCAUUCUUCUUCUUUUACUACUGUAGCUUUCCCAUUGCUGAUUAAGCCAUAAUGUGCAAGCAGCCUGGACAUAAUGGGACAUUUAACGAAUAUUUGAUCAUAUCACUAAUUUGCAUAAGAGACCAAGCCAGCUCGUUUUUGUUUUACUUUUGCUCUUUGAUAUUACUGGUACACAUUUUUUAUGGCAUCACAAAAGAAACAUCAAAAGUCAAAGGGUGUCCCAUAAGAUUUGUUGACGUCUCUCUUCUGACAUCACAUAUCAUGAUGAUUCGACCUUUUUAGCUUUUUAUUCAGAUGUAAAAGCAAUAUUUCUUUUCAUAAAUAUCAGUUCAUCUACAGAUUGGAGAUUCCACCAUAAUAUUAAAAAAAAAACUAGCAGGCAUGUGCAUUGAGGUUUUCAAGAAACUAAAAAUGAAGUAUCUAAACUAACCUUACCUGUGUGUGCUGAUAUAACUUACCAGAGACUAAAUUACUUUUGUAGCAUUUUUGGAAUUUAACAUCUAGGUGGGAAAAAUAUAGUGUGCAUACUAAAACUAUUAAAUUUUCAUCAUUUUUCAUUUUUUAAACUGUGCACUGUCAAGUAAUUUUAACCUAUUUACUCUUCUAAAUUCAGUGUAUAUGAAUAUACAGUAUGUACUAAUAACCUCUGUUUGCGAUGAACACUUUUACGUAGACAUAAUAAAAUAUAACGAUGCACUAU